AUGCCUAGAGAACGACGUGCGAACAUCGGCCGCCGCACAAGACAUGCAAGCCAGCAACAAGUCUAUUCAAGGAACUUAAGAGAAGAAAGACAAAAUAUAAUAAGAGAAAAUGACCGAUUGAGACAUCGCGUGAGCACACGAAGAUCAUUGGCAUCAUACAAUCGCUUGGCAUUCCAAUAUGAUCCCACUGCGAACUACAGUGAUGAUGAAAAUUUGGAUAUUGGACGAAUGACGACUAUAUGCCGAUAUUGCAAUGCGGUAAAGUUCAAAAGAGAAACGGUUGGAUUGUGCUGCGCAAGUGGAAAAGUCAAACUGGAUCCAUUACUUACACCACCACAGCCACUGAAAACAUUGUUUGAUGGAAGUGAUCCCGAUUCCAGCCAUUUUCUUCAACACAUCCUUGAAUACAAUAACUGCUUUCGCAUGACUUCCUUUGGAGCUAAUAUCAUUCGAGAAGGCGGCUUCAUGCCGACUUGCAAGAUACAAGGUCAAAUAUAUCAUUUGCAUGGAAAAUUUGUACAUUUAGCAGUGCAUUUGGAAAAUGGCCAAAGAGUUUACUUCACUGAGGCUAAUGCGGCACAACGAGCUGAGAGACCACCAUCGACAACAUUGACUAGCUUCUUUGCAAUGUGUGAAGCAGAUCCAUUCGCAGCGACGCUGAUGUACGUUGAAAUGCCCAAGUAUUACACUUGGAAUCAAUCAACAAAGAAAUUCCAACGUCGCAAACAAGGAACCCCAGUUCCAGACUGGCCACAGGUGUUUUCAACUGAUGCACUAGGUCGUAUGUACACUGUUCAUCCUAGAAACGAUGAAUGUUUUUAUUUGCGACUGCUGUUAGUAAAUGUACGUGGACCGAAAUCAUUUGCGCAUUUGAAAACUGUAAAUGGCCACCAAUGCCAAACAUAUCGAGAAGCAUGUCAACUAUUGGGUUUGCUGGAGAACGAUUCUCAUUGGGAUUUAACACUUGCAGAUUCAGUUGUUUCAUCAAAUGCGUACCAAAUACGAACGCUGUUCGCAAUUAUCAUCACCACAUGUUUUCCUUCACAACCAAUUCAGUUAUGGAACAAAUACAAAGACGCCAUAUGUGAAGAUAUCUUGCAUCGCUUGCGUAUUCAAACGAAUAAUCCUGACAUCCAAAUAACCGAUGAAAUCUACAAUGAAGGAUUGAUUCUGAUUGAGGAUCAAUGCUUGACUAUUGCAAACAAGCUACUGAUUGAAGUAGGAAUGAUUGCGCCAAAUCGAUCGAUGCACGAUGCAUUCAACCAAGAAUUAAAUCGAGAGCUGCAAUACAAUGUUGAUACAUUGCAGGAAUUCGUUAGAAAUAAUGUUCCGUUGCUGAAUGAACAGCAAAAACAAGUAUACAAAACAUUAAUGCAAGCGGUGGACAAUAAUACUGGUGGUCUAUUCUUCCUGGAUGCACCUGGAGGAACAGGGAAAACAUUUGUCAUUUCAUUGAUUUUGGCCACUAUUCGAUCAAGAUGUGACAUAGCUUUGGCGUUAGCAUCAUCUGGAAUUGCGGCGACUCUUCUAGAUGGCGGUCGUACUGCACAUUCUGCGCUUAAGUUGCCAAUCAAUUUAAACACAAUUGAUACUCCAACGUGCAAUAUUUCCCGAUCCAGUGCAAUGGGAAAAUUGUUAAUGCAAUGCAAGCUCAUUGUUUGGGAUGAGUGCACAAUGGCACAUAAGAAAUCACUUGAAGCACUUAACUUCACACUGAAGGAUCUUCGGAGAAAUAACAACAUCUUUGGCGGCUUGAUGAUAUUGUUGGCAGGCGAUUUCAGGCAGACGUUGCCAGUAGUUCCCCGUGGAACGCCUGCAGAUGAAUUGAAUGCUUGCCUAAAGGCAUCACCUUUAUGGAAUAACGUAAAAACAUUAUCGCUAACCACUAAUAUGAUAGUUCAACUUCAAAAUGAUCAAAGUGCUGCACAAUUUUCCAAACAAUUGUUAGAUCUUGGAAAUGGAAAAGUCCCAGUUGAUGCGACAUCUGGAUUAAUUACUCUUACCAACGACUUUUGCCGAUUUGUAGACACUCAAUUAGUUCUUAUUGAAAAUGUUUUCCCAAACAUUAGUGAGAAUUAUAAGAAUUAUGCUUGGUUAAGUCAACGAGCAAUUCUUGCAGCAAAGAAUAAUGAUGUCCACGCACUGAAUUUCACCAUUCAAUCAAAAAUUGCUGGCGAUUUGGUGACAUACAAAUCCGUUGAUUCAAUAACAAAUCCCGAUGAUGUAGUAAAUUAUCCAACGGAGUUUUUGAACUCUCUGGAGAUACCAGGAUUUCCACCACAUAACUUGCAACUGAAAGUUGGUACAGUUAUUUUGAUACUGCGUAAUUUGAAUCCACCGCGACUUUGCAACGGUACUCGACUUUCGGUAAAGAGACUUAUGCCGAAUUUAAUUGAGGCAACCAUUAUUAACGGAAAGUACGCAGGUGAAAAUGUAUGUAUUCCUCGAAUACCAAUGAUUCCGACUGAUCUUCCGUUUGACUUCAAACGAUUGCAAUUCCCAGUUCGCCUUGCGUUCGCAAUGACAAUUAAUAAGUCGCAAGGCCAAUCGCUUAGUGUUUGCGGGAUAAAUUUGGAAAAUCAUUGUUUUUCACAUGGACAGUUAUACGUUGCGUGUUCACGAGUUGGGAAACCAUCCGCUUUGUUUGUGUUAACGUCAGACCAAAAAACAAAAAAUGUGGUUUACCAAAGAGCACUACAAUGAAACAAUUAAAUAACACUUCAUUUUAGUAGGUAAUUGAAAUGAAUUUAUUACUGUUGUGAAAUGAAAUAAAUAUUUUCCUUUUCAAAUAUAUAACAAAAAAAAUUUUUUUUCUUUAUCUUUUAAUCACCAAACGAAAUGUUACAUAAAACGAAUCUGGUGGCGAAACGGAGUUCGCCGGGUC